AUGAAAGAGAAAGAAAGUCAAAGAAUUGAUGAUCAAUCCAUGAAGGAGAAGUCAGAAGAGUGUGAAAGACUUUUUAGAGACAAUAUAUUUCAGAAGAAUGAGAUGGAAGCCAGUGUGAAACCUAUUAGCUCUCCUAAGCCCCAAGCUAAACCAUCCAUUGAAGGAAAGAGGAAGAGAGGGAAAGCUAGAGUAUUCAUUUCUACUGAUGAAGAAGAGACAGAGUCUGAUGAAGAAGAGACAGAGUCUGAUGAAGAAGAGACAGAGUCUGAUGAAGGUGUCAAGGAAGUGAAGAAAAUCUCAAAGGCUACUAAGGUAGCCAAGGAGAAACCAUCUAGUGAACCAAAAUCUCAUAAGAAAUCUAAGACAUCUAAACAUGAUGUUGCAUUAAAGAAAGGAAAAAUUGAAGUUAAGCCUCCUAUAUCUUUAGAUCAGAUUGUGAAUGAGGUUGUGAAGAAUGUAAUUUCUAAGGUAGAGAUAGAAAGAUUACUCAAGUUAACAAAGAAUGAGUUUAGGAGUAAGUACAAAGUGAAUAAAAUCAUGUUUGGGAAAAUUGAUGAGGUUGCAAAAGAAAAUAAGAAAAUUUUGUCAAAAGUUUUGUUAGAGAACCAGUAUGAAGUUAAUCAGAUAGUUGAGAAAAUAGAGGUUAGUAUGCAAGAAGUGGUUAGAUUUGAAGAUGAAAGGAAAGAAGAUGAAGGAAAGGACAAGGAUGAUAAUCCUCUAGUUGAUGCAGAUAACCCUCUAGUUCUUGAGAAGAAAGAAAAUAUAGAGAUGAAUGUAGAAAAGGGAAAGGUGGAGGUUAAGGUUGAAACACUAGCAAGAGGCACUAAGGAAUUAGUGAAGGGGAAGUAG